AUGGCCAAGAAGUGCAUCGAUGACGUCGUUCCCGCAGUGACUGAACGUACAUCCCCCAACCAGAAGCCAUUGAUUACAGGCAACAUUCGCUCUGAGCUAAAGCCCUCCCCGUCCUUCACCCCAGCCUCCCGACCUUCACCCAGCCUCCCGUCCCCCACCCAGCCUCCCACCUCCUUCACCCAGCCUCAGUAUGCCCGCCUGACCUUCACCGCCUCCCGACCUUCACCCAGCCUCCACGACCUUCACCAGCCUCCUGUCCUUCACCCAGCCUCCAGCCUUCUGCACCCCAGCCUCCGUCCUGCCGCCUCCCGGCCUUGCCUGGCCUCCUGUCUUCACCCAGCCUCCCGACCUUCACCCAGCCUCCCGUCCUUCACCCAGCCUCCCAGGCCUUCCUUGGCCUCAGCGUCAUGCACCCAGCCUCCCAGUAUACCACCGGCCUCUGUCUUCACCCAGCCUCCGGCGCUGCCCAGCCUCCCGUCCUUCCCUGCCCCCUUCCUCAGCCUCCCCGACCCUGACCCUCGCCUAGCCUCCCGACCUGACCCUCGCCUAGCCUCCCGACCUGACCCUCUCGCCCAGCCUCCCGACCUGACCCUCGCCCAGCCUCCCGACCUGACCCUCGCCCAGCCUCCCGACCUGACCCCAGCCUCAGCCUCCCCAGCCUCCCGACCCUCGCCCAGCCUCCCGACCUGCCCAGCCUCCCGACCUUCGCCCAGCCUCCCGACCUUCUCGCCCAGCCUCCCGACCUUCGCCCAGCCUCCCGACCUUCGCCCAGCCUCCCGACCUUAG